AUGCUGCCCGAUAUUAGGUAUGCGGAUGGCUCCAUCCUGUUCGAGGGCUCGCGCCUGCAGGGCGCGAACAGGAUCACGUCCAUGGAGAUUGAUCCGGUACAUGCGUGCAUCGCGCGGCAUGUGCUUGACAUGAGCCGCCUCUCGCACAUCGUCGAGGCAAUGGCCUCCAGCACGAUGGUGACGGUGAGUUGUGUUUUUCAUGAAGUCUUAUAA